AUGAAAAUGUGCAUGACAAAAUGCAAUGUUGUUCAAAUCGACCCUGAUGAGUUGGCAAAGUUUUUAAUGUCACAUAAAGCGGUGGACGACGCGGUUGUGGUCGGCAUUAAUAACCGCAUUGGUUUACAUUGGCUUCGGGCGUAUGUGGUAAUCAAAAAAGGCCAUACAAUCGCCCAUGGUGAGCUGGAAAAAUAUGUAUCAGAAAACAACCCUGGUUAUAAGCACUUGGAGGGAGGGGUGGAGUUUGUGGACUGCAUUCACAUCACAUUAAUCGGCAAUAGUAUUCAUUAG